AUGGACGACCACGACGACGGCAUUCUCAACAUCCAAAUCUCCGACGACGAAGUCGAUGCCAUCAAGAAGAAGGCCGACCGGACUGGCCAGACAGAAGAUGACUUUCAAGCUGUGAAGCGGCAGUACCGUGUCCGAGUCGAGAACGGGGACAUUCACAAAAACGUAGCCCUGCCUCUGCAGCCGGGCCCCAAUAAGAUGCGCACCCAGGAGCUCGUUCAUGCAGUCGAGGAGCUCUACUUUUUCCGUCGCUACCAGGAAGGGGUUGACUUGAUCGCAAGGGCGUUGGAGAAUGGAGGCGCGGAAGCUCUCGAUAACGACUCGCGCCGAUUGUUGGAGUCUUAUGAAAUCAAGUGUCGUCAAAGGAUGGCCAAACCCAGCUGA